GGGGGAGGUGAGGUAAGGGGGCAGAGUAGUGAGGAAUAUGUGGAGGUACCAGAGUGGGGAACAUUUGAGGGGAAGGCCUCCAGGGUUGUGAUGGAGGGGACAGAGGCUGGUAUUAGUAUGAUGGAUAUGCUAAAUGGAGGUGAGGAGAAUGUAUGUGAGGUGGGAGUGAAUGUGGAGGAGGUUAAGGGAGGAGGAGGGAAAAGUACAGGGAAUGCUGUGGAAUAUGUGGUGUCACAAGUAGGCAGAACUUGGCUAGAACCCAUCCAGGAGGAAGACCUUGAGGAAGAUGAAGAAAGAGAUGAGGAGCUUCAGGAAGCAGAAGACACUGAUGCUGCCACAGUGGACAGUUGGCAGUGCAUGGCGGCAUAUGUAGCCAGAAUAUGGCUGCAGACUUUACAGGAAGAUGGACCUGAGGAAAAUGAAGAAGCUGAUGUGGUAUUCCAGCAGGCAGAAGAUGCUGAUGCUACCACACUGGUCAGGUUUCAGUGUAUGGUGGCAUCUGAAGACAGAUCACAGCUACUGACUAUACCAGAAGAAGGACCUGAGGAAGAGGACGAAACUGAAGUGAUGAAGACAGAUAAAACAAAAGAAGAUGCUGAUGCUGCCGAGAAGAUCUACAGUGAAGAAGAAGUAUCAUUCCAUGUGAAUGCCGAAGAUCUUUCUGAAGAUGCUACUGAGAAGAGCCACAAGAAGAAGAAGAAGAAGAUGAAGUGGUGCUUCUUCUGCUGUCCCCUGCCCUUCAGAAGAAGUAGCAAGAGGCAGUAAUUAUAUGGUUGUGAAUUCAGGUUUACAAAUGACUUAAAGCAGUAAUAUAACUGCAUUAUUGACACCUUCACAAUGCACUGUAAUGCAUCCAUAAAUAUAUUAUAGACAUGGGUAUAAAUAUUGAAGAAAAAAAAGCAUAACACAUUAUAGCCAUGUUUAUUAUGGAUUAAUGGCCGAUAUAAUGUAUUAUGAAGAUAUUUAUUGUGUAUAUAUAGAUCAGAGCAUUCAUAAUGCAUUAUCAAGAUAGCUAUAAUGUGUUAUGCCUUUGUAUAAGUAUUUACAGCCGUGUUUUUAAUACUUUUAUAAAUGAUUUAUAAGGCAUUAAUUGGGAUCGGAAGAG